UGGAGCUAGAGAGAGAGAGAGAGAGAGGGGCGUGUCGUGAAAAAAAGGGUGGGGAGUUAAAUAGAGAAUUAGAAUUAGGAUUUAGGCGGUGGAGCGUUGAAUCGAUGGAAACAAUGGCAGAGGCGCAUUCCCACUCAACCGUUUAUCUCUUCCUCCUCCAAUAAGGCAGCAAUCCUCUGGCUGCUUCAUCCGCAUUGUGCUUCCGCUUUCGCGCCGCUCCCAUGGCCGACCUGGGGAAGAUACUCUACAUAGUCGUGCACGACGACGCCGACAACAAAGACUCCUUCCGUUACACGCGCUCCCUUCUCCAGAGCACGCUCCAGCUCAUGGGAUGCAAGGCGCGUCACGCCUUCAAGAUCAGUCAAAGAGUUUUUGAACUCACAAGGAAAGAGAGUUCUACCGAUAAUUUGCUGCCUGAAGCAGAGGCUUUAUCAGGUUUUGAUGCUUUCAAGGUGAAUUUAGCGAAGAAAGGUGGUCAACAUGCUGAUGUUUACCCAGGUAAAGCAGACUUAGGCAACCAAAUACCAUUGGGGAAAGAUUCUAGAAUCAAGAGUGUACCAUUUGAGUUGUACAAAAGACGCACAUCUGCAUUUGUUCGGAGAGAAAUUUUUCUAGAUAUUGUCUGCGAUGCUCUGGCAGAGUACAAGUAUGUGAGUCCUAACCAGAGAGCAGACUUGGUAUUAGCCUGCAGGAUCCGUGAACGGAAAGAGUCCGUGACAGUUCUAUUGUGUGGCACUAGUGGCUGUGGCAAAUCCACAUUGUCUGCAUUGCUGGGUAGUAGGUUGGGAAUCACAACUGUGGUAUCAACUGAUUCUAUUAGGCACAUGAUGAGAAGCUUUGCUGACGAGAAAGAAAACCCCUUGUUGUGGGCUUCUACAUACCAUGCCGGAGAGUGUUUGGACCCUGUUGCUGUUGCAGAAGCUAAGGCUAGACGGAAAACAAAAAAGCUGGCUGGUGUUUCGCAUUCACUUCCAAAGGAUGAAGUACCUGAGGGUCAAAAUUCUAGCAAAUCAGAUAUUAGGAUGUCAGAGACGAGCUCUGGUCCUACUGAACUGCUAAGUCCAAAACAAAUGGCUAUUGAAGGAUUUAAGGCACAGAGUGAGAUGGUGAUUGACAGUCUUGAUAGGCUAAUUACUGGAUGGGAAGAACGAAAGCAGUCCGUUGUUGUUGAGGGUGUUCACCUGAGCCUCAACUUUGUUAUGGGGCUCAUGAAGAAGCAUCCUUCAAUCAUACCAUUCAUGAUACAUAUUACAAAUGAGGACAAGCACUUGGAAAGAUUUGCGGUACGGGCCAAGUAUAUGACACUGGACCCAGCUAAAAACAAGUAUGUAAAGUAUAUCAGAAACAUCAGAACAAUCCAGGAUUAUCUCUGCAAGCGUGCUGAAAAGCAUUUAGUUCCCAAAAUAAACAAUACUAAUGUUGACAAGAGUGUAGCAGCCAUCCAUGCAACUGUCUUCAGCUGUCUUCGAAGGCGUGAAGUUGGAGAACAACUAUAUGAUCCUGUUAGAAAUACUGUAACAGUUAUUUAUGAGGAAUAUAGAAAUCAAUGUGCAGCCAAUUCUUUGAACUCGAAAGGGAUGUUUCAAUUGAUCCAGAGAAAAGGUUCUUCAAGGAAUCUGAUGGCUCUUGUUAAUACUGAUGGGUCUGUGGCGAAGGCUUGGCCUGUUAACUUAAUUGACUGUAAUGGGAAGCCAGUAUGGGGCUAUGGACCAGAGAAUGGAAUUGGACAUCCAAUGUAUGGUCCCUUGAGAAUUGGCAAGGCAGAACCUGUAAAUCUUCAGUUUGGUUUUUAUGGGAUCAGUGCAUGGCCAAGUGAUGGUGGCACUAGUCAUGCUGGAAGUGUUGACGAGUCUAGAGCUGAUGGGACUGAUACAGGUAGUAGAUACCUAUCUUCUUGCUGUAGCUCACCAAGGAUGUCGGAUGUUGCUGCAAAAGAGCUCAAGGAGGACUUCUCGGUGCAUGGUAGUGAUGAAGAGAUUGACGAUCAACCAGAGGUGGGCAGUGAUGAGGAUUUCAGUGAUGAUGGCGACAAGCAUGCCCAUGAAGAGGUAGGAUCAGUUGACGAGGAAUCAACAAAAUCUGAUGAAGAGUACGAAGACCUUGCAAUGCAAGAUGUGCUGGAAAAUGGGUAUUGGACAGAUGAUGAUGAUGAGUUUAGGAAUAAGGUUGGUGGUGUUGGCGGGGAGGUAGGAACUAAAAUGCAUGGGGGAAACAAGUAUCGUCGAAACCUUGAUCUUUUCCUUAGAAGUAGAAGUGAGCCAGUGGCAAUGGCAGCGGCUGUUCAGGAGCCACUGUGCUCGUAUUCCUCUUUGCUCCAUGAAAGGAGGGAAAGGAAAGCCAAAUUAAGAACACGUUCUCUUAGUAUUCCUGCAUUAGGAAAGCAUAAUUCAGCAGUCAAUGAUCCCAUCCUUUCUGGUGCUCCUCAGAGGUAACACGGCCAUUCCACAUUCCAUUCCAUUCCCUACCCCUAAAUUUUGGUGGGUUUUUUUCUUUCUUUCUUUUUUAACAUGAUGUCCCAUGUGUAUAUAAUAGAGCCUCCUAAACUUUCCUUAUCUACCAGUUGUUGCUUCAUUGCUUGUAUGGAUGGAUGUUGUGUGACAAUUUUCGUCAAACAUUUUUUUCGAGCUUGUAUAAAGUAUGGGAUUCGCGGAAUCAA